AUGCUGACAAGUACUGCAUCUAGUGACGGGGGGAUAGCCAUGUCUUCUACAUCUCGUGUCACACAAACUCUGGCCCAGGAGGAACCCGCCGAGAUCACCACCCCCUCGGAAGCCAAGGUCGAAGAUAGUCCUCGUGAUCAACCGCCUUCUGUGGACCACACUGCCUCUCCACGAGUGGACUCGUCUUACCCCAGUCUCAACGGCAACCACCUGCAGCCAAACAGCGUAAAUAACUUAAUUAAUUACGAGGAUAACAAAUCAGACGGCUCCACGGACACCACCGAGGAUAUUGACCUGGAUAACAACGAGGAACUCACACCGCCGCCCGACUCCCCAAUCGAGGAUACAUUGAGCCACACCUCAAGUAUCCCGCCUAAUAUUCUCCAGGACGAAAUUGUUGUUGGCACGAACGCUCAUAACAAGGCCUCCCCAACUCGGGUUCCCGAAACGGAGGACAUUGUGAUGGGCGAAGCAGAGGACAAGCCCCUCAUCAUUCAACAUGCGAAGCGGAAGCGGGUUUCGGGCGUCUAUGCUGAAUCCGUCGGCGAGAAGGACGUCAGCCCGGCACCUACCGAGGACCUGGAUAUCCGCCGCCCGAUUCGCCCUACCAAGGCACAGAGCGUUGGGGGCGUGAAAGGGGUGCUGCUUGGCUAUUGGCGUGAUUCACCCGCCGAGAGCGAGGCAGAUAAGCAUGGAGUCGUUGGCUUCAUCGACAUCCGAGACCGCCUCCGCACUCGCAUCCAGCCAACUACCCGGGAUGGCCGGCCGAUGGACCAGAGAUAUCCGAUUCCGCCUGGCCCUGGGGGCAGCUGGGUUACCUUUGAUAAGGUAGCUUUCAACGACCACCUCGUUGGUCACAAUCACCAUGUGAUCAAGGAGUACGUCAAGAUCCGCGCCGAAGACAGCCGCAAAGAUGAGGCGUCGGAGGAUAGGACUAGGUUAGACCUGGAGGCCGCCGAUGUGGCCGCUGAACGCGUGAGGACCAACCCGCCCCCGGAUGCCGCUACGGCACCUUUGGUUGCCUACGGGCCUCAGGUUCCCGCCAAUGCCGUCGUUCCUAAUCGACCCGAGAGCAAGAAGCGCCGCCUGGCCGGUUCUUUUGGCAUUCCGUCGGACUCGCCAAAGUCCGUUCAGCACUCCCUCGAUAACAUUCCCGGUACAAGACCGACGAGAAUUCUUCUCGGUUACUGGAAGCUUUCCAGCGAGAACGAUCCCAUGAACAAGCAUGCGGUAUUUGGCAUUCUGGGCGCCAACGACAUGUUCAGGGUCAAACUAACCCGAGAGACCCGCGACGGGCGGACCGUCAUUGGUAACUUCCCCAGUGGCGCCGGCGCGCUCUGGAUUCACUGGGACGAGGUCGAGUUCGACCCUCACCUUAGGAAACUCAGCAGGAACGAGGUCAAGGAGUAUUGCCGGGUCCGGCAACGCCAACUCGACCACGGGGAGCCCCCCGAAGACCGUGUCGCGAAUGAGACUAAGGCCGUCUACGAAGCACAGCAACGCGUUGUGCAAAGCCUUGCAAUCGGCGUCCCCCUCCGGAAGGACGAUACAGAUCUCCUCCCCAUCGCCAUGAAGGGGUCCGCAGGAACCAACGGCUAUGGCAGCCCAGCAUACUCCUUCGCCUCCGCUAGACCCGGCGAGGAACUCCGCCAGUCACGGCGCCUCGAGAAUGGGCCUCGUGCGGCGGCGACAGCAGCAGGCCGCCACCCCCUUCCCGACGUCGAGUUCGGUGCCGCCAACCGCACACCGCCCGGGCCUAGCCCCGCCGCCCUCGAGCGCACCAACUCGCUCGCCCGCCGCGAGAUAGCCCGCCUCGAGGCCGCCCAGGCACGCGCCGACAUGCGUGCAGUCAGCCGCGAGGCAUCCCUCGGCCCUGUCGCCGCCGCAGCAGCCGCCGCCGCCGCGGGUUUGGCCUCCAAUGCCGCCAAUAAUGUCGACGGCACCGGCACCGGCAACGGCAACGGGCACUUCCAGGACAAUGUCUCGCGCCUGAACAAGGUGUGGGAGGCGCAGGAGGCCAACCGCCUCCGCGCCGGCGGCGAGGACGCAAAGAUCUACAUGGGCGUCAAGUACCAGCGCAAGCAGAACGGGCCGUUCCAGGGCAAGCUCGUCAGCCAGGGCAUGAUCAUCACCAUCGACGGCGAGGACUAUGUCGAGUACCGCGUCUUGACGAAGCCGACUUUCUUUUAG